UGACGUCUGACGUCACGCGGUUUUUGACGUGGAGCCGCAGAGAGCCUGCGCAUUGCAUUGUGGUCGCCGGUGCUUAUACAGAAAUCGAAAGCAGGUAGCUUUUCCGCUAACUACGUUAAUAUCCAGCUUGGACAGGACACUAACGGUUCAGCACCUGCUAUUAUUUGACAGACUCCAAAGAGAUCAUGUCAUCGACAUCCCAAAAACAUAAAGACUUUGUGGCCGAGCCCAUGGGAGAGAAGCCUGUGAUGGCUCUGGCAGGCAUCGGAGAAGUCCUUGGCAAAAGACUGGAGGAUAAGGGUUUCGACAAGGCAUAUGUCGUCCUUGGACAGUUUCUAGUGCUAAAGAAAGACGAGGAGCUUUUCCGAGACUGGCUGAAGGACACUUGCGGGGCAAAUGUCAAACAACAAGGUGACUGCUAUGGCUGUCUUAAGGAAUGGUGCGAUGCCUUCCUAUAAACAUUCAGUCAUUUGUUUUUGUACUUCUGAAGUCCAAGCUGUACAUUACCUCUUCUGAUUUUUUUUUUUUUUUUAAUUCAGCCUCGCUUAUAAUAGCCAUGUGGCCCAACUAUUGGAAUACUAUGUGUACUUUCUGUUCAAAAUUUAAAAAAUGUAAAUUUCUAGUGCAUUCAUUGUUGGCAGUGCGUUAAGAAGUUACCCUUUUAAGCUCAUUAUGGCAGUUUUAGAGGUAAACUCUUCUUACCUUCAAGAUUUGUUUUCAUUUAUUUCAGCACAUUUCUUUCUAUUUAAUGUGAUGGUUUACCUGUACAAUCUACACUAACACCUGUAGUCACCUGAUGUUCUUGGGCUGCUUGCACCAUUUGCUUGUUUUUAAAUGCCACUGGAAGGUUUGAUAUGAGUUGUCCAUUUUUUAAAGUAGCACAUCAUAUCACAGUUUCAUGCACUGUAAUUCCACCAACAAUGCUUCAACGAUUUGUUGAUAAGGAUUGUCUGUUUGGCAGAAGAUUUGGCUAAUUUAAUGUAAAACAUGAAAACUAAACCUAAAAAAGAAGAUUCAACUGACAUUGGUAUUUAGAGAUUUAAAUUUAAAUAUAUAUAUAUAUGUGAAUUGUUUUGGUCUUGCAAAUGAAGACGCACCACAGUCCUACAUCUAGUCUACUCUAAGCUUGUUUGGACUUGAAGAUUGAAAUGUAUAUAAAUAAAGAUGCCAAUGUAACAAAACAUAAUACUGUCAAUAAAAAAAGUGUCUCUAUUGCUGAUAA